CGGCGGAGGCGGCUGCGGGCGCCGCUCCGGCCCCUCCGGCCCCUCGGUGCCCUGGCCGCGGCCGGGGCUGUGAGUAGGGCCCGCACAGACAUGAGGCAUCUAUUAACAAGCUAAAAGUGACAGAACCAUGGCUCAGUUUCCAACACCUUUUGGGGGCAACCUGGAUAUCUGGGCCAUUACUGUGGAGGAGAGAGCAAAGCAUGAUCAACAGUUCCAUAGUCUGAAACCAACCGCUGGAUUUAUCACUGGUGAUCAAGCCAGGAACUUUUUUUUCCAAUCUGGGUUACCUCAGCCAGUGCUAGCACAGAUAUGGGCUCUAGCUGACAUGAACAAUGAUGGCAGGAUGGAUCCCUUGGAGUUUUCCAUAGCUAUGAAGCUCAUCAAGCUGAAGCUGCAGGGGUACCAGCUCCCGGCCGCGCUGCCGCCCGUCAUGAAGCAGCCGCCCCUCGCCCUGCCCGCUGCCCCAGGAUUUGGUCUCGGGGGCAUUGCCAACAUGCCAUCCCUCAGCAGCGUGGCCCCGGUGCCCAUGGCAUCCAUCCCGGUGGUGGGGAUGUCCCCCCCGCUGGUGUCCUCUGUCCCCGCCGCCGUCCCUCCCCUGGCUAACGGAGCUCCUGCUGUCAUCCAGCCCCUGCCUGCUUUCGCUCGCCCCGCCACUUUGCCAAAGAGUUCUUCCUUCAGCCGCUCGGGGCCGGGAGCUCAGCUCAAUGCCAAGCUGCAAAAGGCACAAUCCUUCGACGUGGCCAGCUCUCCUGCCGUGGCAGAGUGGGCUGUGCCUCAGUCCUCACGCCUCAAGUACCGGCAGCUCUUCAACAGCCACGACAAAACCAUGAGUGGGCACCUGACAGGUCCCCAAGCAAGAACAAUUCUCAUGCAGUCCAGUUUACCCCAGGCUCAGCUGGCUACAAUAUGGAAUCUCUCUGACAUUGAUCAAGAUGGGAAGCUGACAGCUGAGGAGUUUAUCCUGGCUAUGCACCUCAUUGAUGUGGCCAUGUCUGGCCAGCCACUGCCUCCUGCCCUGCCCCCAGAGUACAUCCCACCUUCAUUUAGAAGAGUCCGCUCUGGCAGUGGCAUUUCUGCUGCCAGCUCAGUGUCUGUAGACCAAAGGUUACCAGAAGAACCAGCACUGGAGGAGGAGCAGCAGCAACUGGAAAAGAAAUUGCCAGUGACGUUUGAGGACAAGAAGAGGGAGAACUUUGAGCGGGGUAACCUGGAGCUGGAGAAGCGGCGGCAGGCCCUGCUGGAGCAGCAGCGCAAGGAGCAGGAGAGGCUGGCCCAGCUCGAGAGGGCCGAGCAGGAGAGGAAGGAGCGCGAGCGGCAGGAGCAGGAGCGCAAGCGGCAGCUGGAGCUGGAGAAGCAGCUGGAGAAACAGCGCGAGCUGGAGCGGCAGCGCGAGGAGGAGAGGAGGAAGGAGAUCGAGAGGAGAGAGGCUGCCAAACGGGAGCUGGAGAGGCAGAGGCAGCUGGAGUGGGAGCGCAACCGGCGGCAGGAGCUGCUGAACCAGAGGAACAAGGAGCAGGAGGACAUCGUGGUGCUCAAGGCCAAGAAGAAAACCCUGGAGUUUGAGCUGGAAGCUCUGAAUGAUAAAAGGAACCAGUUGGAGGGGAAGCUUCAGGAUAUCAGGUGUCGGCUGUCGACCCAAAGACAAGAAAUUGAAAGUACAAAUAAAUCCAGAGAACUCAGAAUUGCAGAAAUCACCCAUUUGCAGCAGCAGCUACAGGAGUCCCAGCAGAUGCUGGGCAGGCUGAUUCCAGAGAAGCAGCUGCUCAAUGACCAGCUCAAGCAGGUCCAGCAGAACAGUUUGCACAGGGAUUCCCUGCUCACCAUCAAAAGAGCCUUGGAGGCCAAGGAACUGGCACGGCAGCAGCUCCGCGAGCAGCUGGAUGAGGUGGAGAAGGAAACCAGAUCCAAACUGCAGGAAAUUGAUAUUUUCAAUAAUCAGCUGAAGGAGCUGAGAGAAAUCCAUAACAAACAGCAGCUCCAGAAGCAGAAGAGCUUGGAAGCUGAGAAGUUGAAACAGAAGGAGCAGGAAAGGAAGAUAGUGGAGCUGGAAAAGCAAAAAGAAGCUCAGAGGCGGAUCCAGGACCGAGACAAACCGCGGGGACAGCCGGAGGAGGAGCCACAGUGGCAAAAAAAAACCCAGGAAGAUGACAAGCAAAAAAGGGAAGAGGUACCCAAGAAGAAGGACAGUGAGGAUAAGGGGAAGCAGGAGAUGCAGGAGAAACUGGGCAAACUCUUCCAGCCCCACCAGGAGCCCAGCAAGCCCGGCCAGGCCCCGUGGUCCAACGCAGAGAAAGCUCCUCUAACCAUUUCUGCUCAGGAGGAUGUAAAAAUAGUGUAUUAUAGAGCUCUGUAUCCUUUUGAAUCCAGAAGCCACGACGAGAUCACCAUCCAGCCUGGAGACAUUGUCAUGGUGGAUGAAAGCCAGACGGGAGAGCCAGGGUGGCUUGGUGGAGAACUGAAGGGGAAGACUGGAUGGUUCCCUGCAAACUAUGCAGAGAAGAUCCCAGACAGUGAAGUUCCAGCCUCUGCCAAGCCUGUGGCCGAAUCCUCUGCUGCUCCCAAAGUGUCUGUGCAGGAAAGCUCCACGUCCCUGGGAGCCCCUGCCCCUGCAGAGGCUCCUGCAGCAGCCAACAACUGGGCAGACUUCAGCUCCACCUGGCCAUCGAACAGCAGCGAGAAGGCAGAGAGUGAUAACUGGGACGCGUGGGCAGCUCAGCCCUCGCUGACCGUGCCCAGCGCGGGGCAGCUGCGGCAGCGCUCGGCCUUCACCCCCGCCACCGUCACCGGCUCCUCGCCGUCCCCCGUGCUGGGCCAGGGUGAGAAGGUGGAGGGGCUUCAGGCCCAGGCUCUGUACCCCUGGAGAGCAAAGAAGGACAACCACCUGAACUUCAACAAGAACGACGUGAUCACCGUGCUGGAGCAGCAGGACAUGUGGUGGUUUGGGGAGGUGCAGGGCCACAAGGGCUGGUUCCCCAAAUCCUAUGUCAAGCUCAUCUCAGGCCCCAUCAGGAAAUCCACAAGCAUGGAUUCUGGUUCCUCAGAAAGUCCUGCUAGUCUGAAAAGAGUAGCAUCCCCAGCAGCCAAGGCAGCAGUGUCAGGGGAAGAGUACAUUGCCAUGUACACCUACGAGAGCUCGGAGCAGGGGGACCUCACUUUCCAACAAGGUGACCUGAUCCUGGUGACAAAGAAAGAUGGUGACUGGUGGACGGGAACGCUGGGUGAUAAAUCAGGAGUUUUCCCAUCUAAUUAUGUGAGACUCAAAGAUUCUGAGGCUCCAGGAGCAGCUGGGAAAACAGGAAGCUUAGGGAAGAAACCUGAAAUUGCCCAAGUUAUUGCCUCUUACACAGCAACAGGCCCAGAACAGCUGACUCUUGCUCCUGGCCAGCUGAUCCUCAUCAGAAAGAAGAAUCCAGGUGGUUGGUGGGAAGGAGAGCUCCAAGCGCGUGGCAAGAAGCGCCAGAUCGGUUGGUUCCCGGCCAACUACGUCAAACUGCUGAGCCCUGGCACCAGCAAGAGCACCCCCACGGAGCUGCCCAGGCCUGCAGCACCCUCAGUGUGCCAGGUGAUCGGCAUGUACGACUACAGCGCGCAGAACGACGACGAGCUGGCCUUCAGCAAGGGCCAGAUCAUCACCGUGCUCAGCAGGGAGGACCCCGACUGGUGGAAGGGGGAGGUCAACGGCCACGUGGGGCUCUUCCCGUCCAACUACGUGAAGCUGACCACGGACACGGACCCCAGCCAGCAGUGGUGUGCAGACCUGCACCUGCUGGACAUGCUGACCCCCACGGAAAGGAAGAGGCAGGGCUACAUCCACGAGCUCAUCGUCACCGAGGAGAACUACGUGAACGACCUGCAGCUGGUGACAGAGAUCUUCCAGAAACCACUGAUGGAGUCUGAGCUGGUCACAGAAAAAGAAGUUGCCAUGAUUUUUGUGAAUUGGAAGGAGCUGAUUAUGUGCAAUAUAAAACUACUGAAGGCCCUGCGCGUGAGGAAGAAGAUGUCGGGGGAGAAGAUGCCGGUGAAGAUGAUCGGGGACAUCCUGACGGCGCAGCUGCCGCACAUGCAGCCCUACAUCCGCUUCUGCAGCUGCCAGCUCAACGGCGCCGCCCUCAUCCAGCAGAAAACCGACGAGGUGCCCGACUUCAAGGAGUUUGUCAAGAGGUUAGCAAUGGAUCCUCGCUGUAAAGGAAUGCCACUGUCAAGUUUUCUACUAAAGCCUAUGCAACGGGUAACCAGAUACCCACUAAUCAUCAAAAAUAUCAUAGAGAACACCCCCGAGAACCACCCUGACCACAGCCACCUGAAGCAGGCCCUGGAGAAGGCGGAGGAGCUGUGCUCGCAGGUGAACGAGGGCGUGCGCGAGAAGGAGAACUCGGACAGGCUGGAGUGGAUCCAGGCCCACGUGCAGUGCGAGGGCCUCUCCGAGCAACUCGUUUUUAAUUCAGUUACAAACUGCUUGGGACCACGCAAGUUCCUGCACAGUGGGAAGCUCUAUAAAGCCAAGAGUAACAAGGAGCUCUAUGGUUUUCUCUUCAACGACUUCCUCCUCCUCACUCAGAUCAUAAAACCUCUUGGCUCUUCUGGCACAGACAAGGUCUUCAGCCCCAAGUCCAACCUGCAGUACAAAAUGUAUAAAACUCCCAUUUUCCUCAACGAGGUACUGGUAAAGUUACCCACAGACCCUUCUGGAGAUGAGCCCAUCUUCCACAUCUCCCACAUUGACAGAGUCUACACACUGCGGGCUGAAAGCAUUAAUGAAAGGACUGCCUGGGUUCAGAAGAUCAAAGCUGCUUCAGAACUUUACAUAGAGACUGAAAAGAAGAAGAGGGAAAAGGCCUACUUAGUUCGCUCUCAGAGGGCAACGGGCAUCGGGAGGCUGAUGGUGAAUGUUGUUGAAGGCAUUGAGCUGAAACCCUGCAGGUCCCACGGAAAGAGCAACCCCUACUGCGAGGUGACCAUGGGCUCCCAGUGCCACAUCACCAAGACCAUCCAGGACACCCUCAAUCCCAAGUGGAAUUCCAACUGCCAGUUCUUCAUCAAGGACCUGGAGCAGGACGUGCUGUGCAUCACGGUGUUCGAGCGGGACCAGUUCUCCCCGGAUGACUUUUUGGGCAGGACAGAGAUCCGUGUGGCAGACAUCAAGAAGGAUCAGGGUUCCAAGGGACCAGUUACAAAGUGUCUCCUUCUGCACGAAGUCCCCACGGGAGAGAUCGUGGUGCGCCUGGACCUGCAGCUGUUCGAUGAGCCUUAGGAGAGAGGGGCCAAAGUCAGAGUUGAGCCAGAGGUCGCUGCAGGAGGUGUCUGCAGAAGCUGUCACCGAGUCCUUGCUGGUGUGGCAUGAAACUACUGCUCGCCCUUCACGCGUCAGAGGGUUAUCAAAGCAAACAGGAGCAGCUUUGUGCCUUGAUAAUUCUCACUGAACACACGAAUCCCAAUUUAGUGAGGAGAUCUCCCUCAAUCUCCCUGUGUGGAACUUGGCGUUGGUUUCCUGGGCUGGUGAAACAACCCUGUUGUUCCUUGUGCUGCAGUGGGGAUAGCUGGCAAAACACAUGUGUGGCUGUGCUUGCUCCAGCUGCCCUGCUCUUUGAUUCCUGUGGAGGAGGCAGUGUGGGUGUGUUUUGGAGGCUUUCUGAGGGUUUUCCCCUUCAGGAGUUCUGUGCCUAUUGCCUAGCAGAGUGGUGUGUAAAUGUGAGUGAAUGGAAGGAGCAGUUCUCUGCUCUCUGAAGGUCUCUGAAGGUCUUCAUGAUGGUACUGAAAAGACUUAGAAAAUAAAUAGUCUAUAUCUAUAAACAGAGAAGAUUCUAUUAACAUACCACUUCAUGACUCGUGUUGCCCCUGAAAAUAAAAGCUGUCCAGGCCUUCUGCACAAGGAUGAAUUGCACUCCAGAAGAGUCCAGCCCUGGGUCCCUGUGGGAGCUGCUGUUGUCCCCAGGGCUGUAAGUGCUGGGGCAGGAAGCCAAGGGUGAGGCACAGAGCCCUGCUGGUGUCGUGUCUCCCUCCCGGGUGCUCCUUCACUGCUGCUGCUCCCAGGCCGAGCCUCAUCUGCAGUGGGGGAGAAGAAACAACCGUGGUUCCAGCUCAGGAAGGGAAGGUCCAGCCUGCAGGGCCUGGUGUGCACAGCAGCGGGCGGUGCCCAGGUACGGAGCUGAGCUGAGCUCUCCUGUGUGCAGCCAGGGCACGGGGGCUCAGGGCAUCCCACGGGGCAGCUGCUGGGUGUCACCAGAGAGCUCGUGGCGCUCUGCAGAGUGGGGACCCCAAAGCCAUCCGGGGAACGCAGGGCUCUCCAUCCCUUUCACUCCAUGGAUAACGGCGUCCAGGCCCACGUCCCUGUUUGGCAGAGCUCCCGGGCACAACGUCUGCUUUCCCUCAGGCACACGUGUGAGUGCCCUGCUGAGCCUGGACUCGGGGAACAAAACAUCCCUGAGAGGCAAAUUCCUCUUUGUUCUGCUUGGAUUCCUUUUGUUCAUGCCCUGCCACGCAUCCACUGGUAUUUUUGUAAGGACUUCAUUCCGGAUGGGAGGUGCCAGCCCGUGUCAUUCGCAUGUGAACGUUCUGUGGAGCUGUUGUUAGGUUUUGGUGUUCCUUGCAUGUCCUUUCAGUACUGGUUCCCACCUCUCCUGUGUCGGCAGUGUUCUCUAGCACUCCAAGUCUUAUUGGUUUCCAUUAGGAAAUUAGGAUAUAUCCAUAACAGGUAGGUAGAUCAGUAUGGUAAUAAGUGUAAACUGUGCUGGGAAGUGUCUGUGUAUUAUAAUUUCCUAAAAGACCACUGUAAUGUUUCAAGCAAUGGGAAGGAUAAAAAUGUAUGUUGGAGGGACAACAAAGUUUACAUUUCAUACUUUUCAGAAUCGCUUUAUUAUUUAUUUAUUGAAGAUAGUGUAGAAUUUUGUAUCAGAAAUGACAGACAUACUUAUGUAUUUUUUGAAACAAAACAGAGAUACACACUUUAGUUAGAAACUUUCAACUGACCACAUUUUAGAGGGAGUGUGACUUCCUAGGCAUGCAUUUGUUUACCACUAACUGGCUGAAAACACAAUUAAGAGAACUUUAAGUUUCUAUUUUUCAAUGUUGUUAAGAAAAUUGUUUCAAUUAAAAUAUGUAAAUAGUACUAAACCCAUGCUUUCCUAAUUCCAUAUCAAUACAUUUUAUUAAAUAUAAUGUAUAUGAAAAUACACAUUGUUGUGGUAGGAUAAAAAAAGUGAUAAAAUCUAUUACUGGAGUACCAUUAAAUGUCAUUGUCUAACCUUUUAUUGCUGUCCUAAUUUUACUCAGUGCUGCCAACAGGGUGAAAAUUCAUUUCAGUGUUUCACAAGUAGCAUCACUUUGUUUGUUAAUAGUGUCAUUUCACCAGCAUCAAUUACAGUGACAGCUGAACUGACCAACAGGACAAAAAAAUCUCAUGGCUGGAAUGCAGGAACCUUGGGCAGGGUUUGGAGGGAGCCCCAAGGAGCUGCACCUGCCUGAGGCUCCUUUGGUGCUGGAAGUGGGGGACCCUUCACUCAGGGGCCCCUCUCAGACUGAAACCCAUGCCAUGGACAUCAGAGAAUCCCAGAAUGGGUUGGGUUGGGAGGGACCUCAAAGCCCACCCAGUGCCAGCCCUGCCAUGUCAGGGACACCUUCCACGGUCCCAGGCUGCUCCCAGUCCCAUCCUACCUUGGGCACUGCCAGGGCAGUGCUGUAGCAGCCUGUAGGAUUGCCCCAUUUUGGGGAAUUGUGACAGAACAAGCACGAGCACCUUCCCAGCCCCAUCACUUGGGAUGUCCCACUCCCCCUGGAUGCACAGCAGUGCUGAACUCCUGCCAGUGCCAGGCUGGAGUUUGGCUCACAGAGAUCCAAUGAAUCCCUCACAAUCCCUGCUAAAGGAGAAGCUCAUCCUGUCCCUGUGCAUGGAGGACAGGCAGUGUCCAUGCCCUGGUGACAGUGUCACUGCCCUUGGAGCUUGGGGGCACACCAGCACUGCUGGCUUCCCAGACAGAACUGUGCUCUCUGGAGUCACACAGCCCCCAAAUCCCCGGGGCUGGCACAGCCCUGCCAGCCCAUGCAGUGCCAGCUGUGCCCACCUUGUGCCCAGCCCAGAGCACUCAGUGCCACCUCCAGGGCACACCUGCAGGGAUGGGCACUGCAAAGCUCCCUGGGCAGCCCCUGCCAAUGCCACACACUUGGAAGUGCUGUAAAAUAAAACCACCCCCAGGCUGGCCUUGGCUCAGAAAUGUUGAGAGCCUGCUCAGGGCAGAGCUGAUGGAAAGCCAGGCUGGAAAUCCAGGAGAGGCUGCUCAGAGCUGGGGCAGGGACUUGGGCACCUGGAGACAGAGCCCAGCUCUGAGCUGACACUGAGCCAAACAGCUGAGUGAUUGCAGCAGCGUUUUUUCUAGAUGCACUUAAUUAUUCAGUAUUUUCUCAAUGUGAGUUUUUAUGAGGGCACUUUUUCAAUGCUCAUUUUACAAUUUUUUUUACCCUUUAAAAGUAAUUCAGUCACUUUUUGUUACGUGUGAGGAGGAUUGGGGUGGGAAACAUUGUGGGUAAUGGAGUUUUUUCUUACAUUCUCAAAACUGAGAUGUGACAACUCCAGCCUCUGACUCCAACAGCAGUGCCUGGUGCCAGACUGCUCUGCUUGUCACAUGGGAUCUCAGUUCAUUCAAAUCCAGCAGUCAAAGCCCUUGAAACAGGGAGAAGCUGGGAACCAGGAGAAAUUGCUUUGAGGGUUUGCUCUGUGUGUACAUUCCACAUCUGCCCUUGCUUUGUUCAGCCUCUCCACUCCUGUCCUGUGUGCACACUGCUGUAUCCAGAGUUCAGUACAUGCUUAUAGAUAUAAGAUAUAAUAUAGAUAUAUUAUUAUUGUACAUAUAGUACAAAACCACAGCUCUGUCGUCGUUGUCAAAUACAGAGGAAAUCUCACAGAAAAGUGUAUAAAGGCACCUGGUUUUGUUUGUUCAUUUAAAUAUUUUAAAAGAAGGAGUGUCCUCAGGAAAUUAUUUUUCUGUAUGUAGGAUAUAUUUAGGAUCUCAUUAAAAAAAUAAAAACUGCA